GCUGCCCACGGAGCUGCUUUGUGCCCGGCCGAGGGACAGAGCCCAUGGCUGGCCCCGGGCAGCUGCAGCGCUGGCUCAAUGAGGCCACUGACCCGAGUGUCUCCGAGGAAAACUGGGAAUGCAUCCAGCGGUUCUGCGAGCAGGUGAACGUUGGCACAGAGGGCCCGUUGUUUGCGCUGAGGCUGCUGGCACACAAAAUCCAGUCCCCUCAGGAGCGGGAAGCUCUCCACGCUCUCACAGUGCUGGAGACCUGUGUGAACAACUGUGGUGACAGAUUUCACAGUGAAAUGGCAAAAUUCAGGUUUCUGAAUGAGCUGAUUAAAGUGCUCUCCCCAAAGUACUAUGGAAUCUGGUCUUCAGAAAAAGUCAAGUCGAGGGUCACAGAAGUGAUAUUCAGUUGGACAGUUUGGUUUCCUCAGGAAGUCAAAAUCCAGGAUGCUUAUCAGAUGCUGAAGAAACAAGGGAUUGUAAAAGAAGAUCCCAAACUGCCAGAAGACAAAAUUUUACCUCCCCCUUCUCCAAGACCUCAGAAUUCUAUUUUUGACACAGAUGAAGAGAAGUCCAAGCUCCUGGCCAGGCUCCUGAAGAGCAGCCACCCCAAGGACCUGCAGGCAGCCAACCACCUGAUCCAGAGCGUGGUUAAAGAGGAACAAGAAAAGUCAGCUCAGGUGUCCCGGAGAGUGAACACCAUCAGUGAGGUUUCUGAGACUGUCCGACGUGUGGAGGAGUUACUGGAGAACUACAGGAGACAUGAAUUAUCCCCAGCUGACCAGGAGACCCUACAGGCUCUGCUCCAGCACUGUGAGAAGCUCAGGGCGCUGCUCUUCCGCCUGGCCAGCGAGGCACUGCCUGACGAGGAGGCUCUAGCCGAGGUCCUGCAGGCCAGUGACAAGCUCUCAGGGGUGCUGGGGCAGUACAGGCAGGCUGUGGCCAGCCAGGAGAACGGCGAUGGAGCAGCUCCAGCUGCCAGCUCUGCCCGUGCACCAGCAGCCCCACGGCGCAUGAAGAGCUACACGCUGAUCGACUUCUCCGAGCUGGAGCCCGUGGCCCAGACCCCCCCAGAGCCCUGUGCAGACACAGCCUCAGCCUCCCAGCACGGCAGCACAGCCUCCAGCUGCCUGCUCCAGGACGAGUUCCAGUCCCUAGGUCUCAGCAACUCCCCUGCCAUACAGAAACCACCACCCAAUUUUGGCCUAGCAGAGCCUGCUGUACACAAUGGAUUUAGGGAAGGUGUAAGUGCUGUACAAACCCUGGGACCACAGGAGAGUUGGGAAGAUGGCUGUGCAGGGAAGAGUGAAUUCCAGAGCCCGGAUCAACAGCUCUCUCCACUGUCCAGGACCAAAACAUUCUCUUUGGAUUUAUCACCAAUGAAAUUGCCCUUUCCAGAUCUUCCACAUAAGUCAGUGGCAGAUCCUCCACUCCUCAGUCCAGGCUACGAGCUGAAGCCUGUUGCCUCUUUGCAUCCAGCUUCCUAUGAUGCUUCUCUAGAAAACCUGUUUGUGCCUUUAAUUUCAGUUACACCAAGCACUAUCUGUCCACUCACUGUGUAUGACAGGAAUGGUUUCAAGGCCAUGCUCCACUUCUCCAGAGACCCGGCUCCCGGCCGCCCAGACGUGCUGGUGAUGGUUCUGUCCAUGCUGAGCACCUCAGCACACCCCAUUAGGGACAUAGUGUUCCAGGCUGCAGUCCCAAAGACCAUGCAAAUAAAGUUACAACCAGCCUCUGGUUCUGAGCUGCCAGCCUUCAACCCUCUCCUCCCACCUGCAGUGGUGUCACAAGUGCUGCUGCUCGCCAACCCACACAAGGUGCUGCUGGACCCCAUCCGCCUGAGGUACAGACUGAUGUUCACGCAGGGCGUGCAGCCCUUCAGUGAGGAGGGAGAGGUGACUGGCUUUCCAGAAGCACAGCUCUGGGCCAGGAGCUGAAGUGCAGCUGGCUCGGACACUGCCGCAGCUGGGGAAGGGCUGGGGACCAGCAGUGCUGGCCAGCACUCCGUGAGGGCAGCUUUUCUGGGGAUCUGCCGCCUCCUUCCUCCUGUGUGUGCCCGACGGGAGGAGCUGGAACUGGCUGCUUGUGCCACAGCCCGUCCGUGUAGCCGAGCGUGCUUUCCAGGAGCCUGCGGUCCCGGAGCAGGCUCCGUGCUCCUGCCCCGCACGCCCUUCCUGAUGCUGCCUGGGCCAUUUCCCCUCUACUUCUUGAAUUA